UAUAAGAAAGAUAAGCAAGUAUGGGAGCCAAGAAAGAGAGGUUUCUCCCUUGGUCGUCUUCAAUAUAUCGCUCUAGGCAUGGGCGAGGUAUAUUACAUGAGGAUUCUAUUAACCAAACAGAGAGGCUGUGACAGUUUUGCAAGUUUAAGAACUGUCAAAGGGGUUGUUUAUCCAACAUUCCAAGAUGCGUGCGAUGCUAUGGGAUUAAUGGAAGAUGAGAGGGAGUAUGUUGAUGGGAUUAUUCACAUGAGUGAGAUUGGUUCAGGGUCUUAUUUGAGGCAUUUGUUUGUAACGUUGCUCUCAACAAACGCUAUAGGAAAGCCAAGAGAAGUGUGGGAUAAGACAUGGAGAUUUUUAGCUGACGAAUUUCUAAAUGAUCUUAAGUGCUCUGGUAUUCCUAACCACAGAAUUGUUCUCAAAGUUGGUGUCCCUAUCAUGUUAAUUCAGAACAUUGAUCAGUCUGCUGGAUUGUGUAAUGGAACAAGAUUGAUAGUGAGCGCUUUGACACCUUAUAUCAUUGUUGCAACAGCUCUUUCCGGUUCUAAAACAGGUAAACCUGUUUAUAUUCCUAGGCUUAGCUUAACUCCUUCUGAUACUGGCCUUCCUUUCAAAUUCUCAAGGAGACAGUUCCCUAUUACUGUUUGUUUUGCUAUGACUAUAAAUAAGAGCCAAGGCCAGUCGUUAUCGCAUGUUGGAUUAUACCUUCCUAGGCCGGUGUUCACGCAUGGCCAGCUAUAUGUAGCUCUAUCAAGAGUAAAAUCUAGAAAAAGGUUGAAGAUACUUAUAGUCGAUGACAAAGGAGUAGUAUCUAAUUGCACUCGGAAUGUUGUGUAUGAAGAAGUAUUCCAGAACAUAUGAAUGGUUAGAUUAUCUAUCUUUGAA